UGUCCGUCUCGUUGCAGCCGAGUUUCCCGAGGAGGACAGUGACAUGCUGAUGGAGCCGAAUGACUUUACGCCCAUAACGGUGCUGCGCUCGCACGAGCAGCAGCAUUUCCACAUGCCGCCCACCACGCAGCUGCAGCAGCCGCACCAUCGUCCAGUGGCUGUCACGCCCGCACAGAGCCGCCACUUUCAGGCGGUGCCCGUGGAGCAGCAGGAGCAGUUCCGUCCGAUAGCCAAUCCGAACACGCAGCUGAUCUCCAGAGCCGAUGUGACGCCCGGCCCGGGCGCCGACUCGCACAGCCAAGCGGCGCAGAACUUCUAUCCGCCCUUCUACCACGAGGCGCCGCCACUGGGUCACUCGCGUCCCUAUUUCGCCGGACCCGCUGGACCGGUGGCCGACAGUACGCCGCUGCAGCUGCCGCUGUUGACGCCGGCGCAGCAGCAGCAGCACCAGCACCAGCAGCAGCAGCAGCGCGGCUUUGAUGCCGCCAUACUGGGCAGCGGGGACUUUGGCGUGCUGCGCGGCGGCACCUUCUAUCCGGAGGAGGAGAUGCCCUACCAUCCCGAGGACAACAGCGACUACAUCUAUGGCGAUGCCAACAAUGGCCAUGGCCGGCCCAGCGAGUCCUUCAUCCAGAAGUACACCUAUCCGGAGGAGCAGUUCGCCAACUUCCGCGACUUUGCGGACAUCAAUACGCCCGCCGAUUCGGCCUUCUCCCAGUUCGUGGUCGUCUAUGCGGCCAAGAAUGCGACCAAGCCCAGCAAUCAUCCGCAUCCGAAGAACAUAUUCGAGCAGCUGGAGCUGCUCGAUCGCGAGAAGGCGCUGGAGGAGGCGGCCCUCAAGAAGCAACAGCCCAGCAAAUCCAAAUCGAAGCUGUCCAAGACGAAGCUGCAGAAGAAGUACAAGAAAAAGCCAAUUAGCAAGGAGCUCGAGCUGGAGCCGCUGCUGGCGCUCAGUUAAGCACUUCACUUAAGCUCUCUCCAUCCACUCCCAUCAGCUGGGAUCGAAUUUCAACUGCGAAAUUUGCACACAAUUUUGUCCGCUGUUCGCUGUGUGCUUCAUUAAAUUUUCUUUUAUUUAUUUUUUGUUUGAGCAAAAUGCAAAUUUCAACUUUAAA